GGUGCUCCCCGACUGAAGCUGCGCUGGUGGCUGUCCUCUUCUCUGGUGCCGAGGCAUUUCAGCUCAACAAUCACCGGCCUCUUCUGCCUGUCCUCUGGCGAUGGUAGGGAAAGGGAGAACUGCUACGCAACACAGCUGGACUUGCAAUUUUUGUUCCUUUCUAGUUGGUAACGUGUGCCUAUGGGAUUUGGAAAUGAGAGAGGAUGCAAAGGAUUUGCAAAUACUGUGAGCUUUGUCUGGGCAUGCAGAGGUACGUGGACAAACCCUCUGUACUGGGACGGAGCGGCAGUGCGGUUGGCUUUCUCAGAAGCAUGCUUUUGCUGUGCCACUUGACUCUUCAGAUCCCAGCCUUGUGGUGGUACCUGUUCCUCUCUGUGGAUGCCCAGGAGGUGGCCACGUUCACAGUGCAAUACAAAGUGUUUGAAGAAGUACCAAAUGGAACAGUAAUAGGAAAAUUAUCGGAGCAUUUUGGUUGGGGUGAGGGAAGUAAAACAACGGAAACUUUCCAACUGAUGCAGUUCCCGAGGAGGUUCCCGCUCCGGGUGGGAAGUGGGGAUGGCUUGCUCAGCACUGCCGGGCGGGUGGACAGGGAGCAGCUUUGCAGGCAUAAUGAUCCGUGCUUGGUGUCUUUUGAUGUACUGACUGCCCCAAAUUUGGCUCUAAUCCACGUGGAGAUUCAAGUAUUAGAUAUCAAUGAUAAUGGGCCUCAAUUUCCAACACCUGAACUGGAGCUGGAGAUUUCAGAGAGCGCGUCCUUGCAGACGCGGAUCCCGCUGGACCGAGCCUUGGAUCUGGACGCUGGCCACAAUGCACUCUGCUCCUACUCGCUGUCUCCCAGCGAACACUUUGCUCUGGAGGUUGUCUCGGGCUCUGAUGGAACAAAACAUGCGGAGCUUGUUGUUGUUAAAGAAGUAGACCGAGAGCUGCACUCUUCUUUUGAUCUAAUAUUGACAGCUGUUGAUCAUGGGGAACCGCCAAAAUCAGGUACCACUCUAAUUAAAGUCAUAGUUCUCGAUUCCAAUGAUAACAGCCCUGUCUUUGCAGAGAGCUCUUUGACAGUGGAGAUCCGGGAAGAUGCUCUGCCUGGGGCUCUCCUCAUAACAGUCACAGCCACCGACCCUGACCAGGGUCGCAAUGGAGAAAUAGAGUACUGCCUCAGCAAGCAUGCUCCCCUGGAGGUGCUGAGCACCUUCAGCAUCGAUGCCCGGACUGGCAGGGUUGUCCUGAAGCACCCCCUGGACUACGAGGAAAUCCACACCUACGAACUGGACAUACAGGCCAGAGAUCUGGGCGCCAAUCCCAUCCCUGCGCACUGCAAGAUCCUCAUCAAAGUGCUGGAUGUCAACGACAACGCCCCUGAUGUUCACAUCACUUGGGCUGCCCGAGUGCCUGUGCUCUCCGAGGCCCUUCCCAAAGACAGCUUUGUGGCUCUGGUGACUGCUAGUGACCCCGAUUCAGGAAACAACGGACAAGUGCAUUGCUCUCUUAGUCAAGGAUAUGAACACUUCAGGCUGAAAAGGACCACCAGCCACAGUUACAUGCUGAUGACCAAUGCCACCCUGGACAGGGAGCUCUGUGCUGAAUACAACCUGACCUUGCUGGUGCAAGACCAGGGCAAUCUCUCCUUAGCCGUGCUCAAGUACCUCACUAUUUGUAUCAGUGAUGUUAAUGACAAUGCCCCCGAAUUUGAAAAGGGUACCUAUGACACUGCCAUUGCUGAGAACAGGCCAUCACCUUCUUACUUGAUUACUGUCAGUGCCAAUGAUCCUGACUUAGAUUUCAAUGGAAAAAUCACCUACAGCAUCCAAGAUUCCUUUGUUUCAGGUCUGGUCUCUAUUGACCCCAGCACUGGGGAUAUUUUUGCCCUCCAAGCUUUUGAUCGCGAACAAAUGAGCAGCCUUGAGUUCCUGGUGACAGCAGAAGACGGUGGUCAACCCAGACUCAUGUCAAAUGUCUCUGUGAGGUUGGCCGUGCUUGACGAGAACGACAAUGCUCCCGUCAUCACCGAGCCGGCACUGGUGGGAGGCACAGCGACGAUUUCUGUUCUCAUCAGCCCGGAGACAGGGUGCUUCUGCACAGCCCCUGGGAACUGGAGUACCCCUGGGGCAGCACCUGUCAACGUGACAUGCAUGUCCUGCUCGGUCGCUCCCUUGCUUUUUACCAUUGCAGCCAGGGACCUGGACUCUGGCCUCAACGGGGCUCUCCAGUAUGCCAUUGUGGGUGGGAAUGAUGCUGGGCUUUUUGUCCUCCAUCCGCUCUCAGGGCAGGUGUUCCUCAACUCCAGCAAUGCCAGUAGCCUGGCUGGGAGUGAGAGGGAGCUGGCGAUACGGGUGAGUGAUGGAGGCGACGUGCCCCUGCACACUCAGGCCUGCGUGCAGUUAGUUUUCAGAAAUCAUGGUGCUUUCUCCAGAACUUCAGCUCAGGAGUCUCAGAGACUGAGCUCAUCAGUGGUCACUGUAAUCUGCCUGGCUGCUCUCUUGGGCAUGUUCCUUCUUAUUUUGAUUUUAAUUGUGUCUUUGUGCAAAAAAGAGAAGAAGGACAGCAUGGCCUACAACUGCAGGGAGGCAGAGGAUGCCUACAGGCAGCAGCAGCUCAAGAAGCCGCACAGGCAGAUUCAGAAGACAGACAUACACUUAGUCCCGGUGCUCAGGAGCAGAUCGGAUGGGCCCAGAGAGGCCGAGCUCCUGCGUCCCUGUGAGGAGGCCCUGCUAAGUGAGGGUGCCAUGGACUCCAAGCGUGGGGGCUCCCUGCAGGCUCCCUUCCACCUGACCCCCACCCUCUAUCGGACCCUGAGAAACCAGAGGAACCAAAGGGACUCGGAUGAGCAGCAGGAUGCUUUUAAUCUCACUCUGAUGCAACGCCGGCCCUGCCAGCCUCACAGACUGAGAAAUUCAGCCAAAGAGCCGGUGGGCCCUCCAGAUGCACUGCCUCAUUGCAAGAGCUUGGUGAAGCCACAGCUGAGGCCAGUCGGAGACCCCUUGCUGCCACCUAACCAGCCUGUGGGCACUGCUUUGAAGGGACGGAGCAAUGCUGAGGCAGACGGGGUGCCUGGUGAGGCCCAGCCCCACCAACACAUCCUCAGGAGCCUGGUCCGGCUCUCGCUGGUGGCGCUCGCAGAGCAGAGCCCCACAGGAGAAUUUGCCAUGGAGUCACCCCCAGUCCAGCAAAUCUCUCAGCUGCUGUCGCUGCUGCACCAGGGCCAGUUCCAGCCCAAAACAAAUCACAGGGGAAACAAAUACACAGCCAAGAAUGGCAGCAGGGCUGCGGGGCUGGAUGCCGACUGCCUGAGUACGAAGGACAGUGGCCAUGGAGAGAGCGAGGCAGAAGACCGCGAUUCAGAGAAUGGGUUUGAACUUUCCAUGCAGCAGCUGGUGGGGGAAGAACUUGAGACCCUUCUGGACCCGCAGGCAGAGCUGGCCCUCAAGAGGCUGACGGCUGCAGACCCAGAAUGGGUAGCUCGGCUCUCCUUGCCGCUCACCGGUAGUUACAAGGACAAUGUUUUCUCCCCUGAUUCUCUGCAUUCACCUCAGGACCAGGAAGCUGCAAGGCAGGAGAAACCAAGGACCUUUGAGACAUUUGGCAAAGUUACUGAGUCUGACUCGAGUGCUACUGGGACAAAACUGGCCAGCACUUUCCUUUCAGAAAUGAGCACCCUCUUUGAAAUGAUUUUAUCCCAGAAGGUCCAAGUCCACAACGAAACAGGCUCAGGGCUUCUGCGGCAGCUGUCAGCACGUGGGAAGAGCCUUGGACUGGAUGACAGUGCUCCUGUUCUGUAGGCAGCUUGGCAGCUGUGAGAAGAAGAGGAGAGUCAAACAGAGCUUUCUGUAUUUAGGGUGCGCAAGUAUGUGUCAUAACAGGUUCAACAGAAUCAUAGCAACAUCCACAUCUAGACUAAUCAUGACAGGCAUGUUUCUUCCUUUGCCAAGCCACAUCAAAUUUCCCCAUGACUGAUUUCACCUUCUUUAGCUCUCCUCCAGCUGUCUGUUCUUGCCUCGCUCUCUUUCCUAUUCUUCCAUCCCCAUCUUUCAAUCACACUCAAGUCAUAAAACAGAAGAGCCACAGCAGGUAGAUUAAGAAAGGAGGUUUUUUAGAUUAUCCACAAGUACAACACAAUCAGAUAUAGCCACGUGAUCAUGGACUGUGUACCACGGACAUUGUACUACCAGUCAUGGACUUUGCAACAUGCUGCAGAAUUGGCCCAAAGGAUCUCAGUUCUUAUUUAAAAUAAAAAUGUUUUUUUCUAACACUAACAUCUCUGGGAUAAAGUCCAAUACAACUGACAUAAUGGUGUAUCUGCAGAAAGCCUGAAAUAGUAACUUAGAAAUGGAGAUCUGCGUAUUUUCUUAGGGUGAGCAUUCUGGCAUUGUGAUUCUACUGCUGUGAACUCUGCUUUUUUGUCAAAUACCCCAAAUUCAGCACUUCUGCUCUGGAAUCUGUCCUAUGGCUGCACUAAGUACCCACAAUUUCUUUCUCCGUGCUCUCUUUUGAGGCCCCUGAAUUACAGACCAUAUCCCUUGCCUAACAACAGGCAGCAGAUGGAUGGAGCCUACCAAGGUAAUCUGGGAAAAGGGAAGCAUGAAAAUACUGUCUUUAAAUAUUCACGCACAAGCUCCACCCAUGUUACCGUUUUCUGCUUUGAUCUGAAUGUAUGUGAGCAGUAAGACUGUUUUGGGAUAACAGCACAUGUGGAAAAACUAAUUUACAGACAUUAGUAAUAGAAGGGGGAGUAACAGGUGUUGCUAACCCUGGAGGUUUGUACUCACAGAGAAUGGAAAGACAACAGUGGCAUAAGCGUCCGGAGUAGAACCGUAGGCUCACACAGCAGUUUGUGGACGAGACUUGUAUAUGGGGUGAGUAGCAGAGGAGUUGUGGGAGAAUGGAGACCACAGGUAAGUCUUUUUGGAUCAUACAAGUAAGGGGCUCUGCUUUCCAUACCAUACUUUUUGCCAUCCAGUUAUGACACGAAGCCUCAGAACAAACUUGGAGCGCUCUGCCAAAGUGGCUGGUGGCUAUAUAGGUGAGUGUCAUGCUAUGGGAAUGAGGGUAACCCAUCACCUCCACUUCCAGCAAUGCACAGCACCAUUGCUUGCUAACUGACCACAAAAAUCAAGUUGAAAAGAGUUUGAAAGACUGUCACAGUGCAGGGUCAGAAGUACUUUAUAUACACUGUUUUCUUUGCUUUGCCAUCUUUGUUACCAACACUGCACUGACUUCUCCACAAAUACUGCAGUUCACAACACAGGUCUCUCCAGAGCUAAUUUGCUGAUGCUGGGGACAUUGUGGACAUUGUGUCACAUUGCUGGAUCAUAUUUGUGGCUCUCAUCUGUACCGCAGCACCACCCCACAGACCUGGUCCUGAGCGUCUUCAGUGUCCACCCACCUUCCUUUCCCACACGCUUAGAGGUAACAGCGCCCUGCUUUUAGUGUGUACCCACACAAGCCAGAGCAGCAGGGCAUCAUACACAUAAUUUAAAGCAGAGAAAAUGAAAAAGCUGCAUGUCUAUACUCUUGGGACUAAAUGGCAAAAGCAACAGAGUAUGAUUCUCCCAGAUGGGCUCUUUAAUAUCCAAAACACUCACUGUUACAGCUGGAACCUCCCAAAGUGCUUUACACAUGACCCCAUCUCUAGCUAUAAACUAUAGUGAUAGGUUUACCCCAGUCUUAUACUGCCACGCUGCUAACAGAAAUGUCUUGGUGCUUUGUUUCACAAACAGAACAGGCUUUUGCACAAAAACAAUGACAGUGAGCCAAAUUUUAACUGAGAUGCAGCUGUGCAAAUUGUGAGGGAGGCAUAUCUGUGACUACGAGGAAAUAUAGCCCUAUAUGAUUCUCCCGCAUCUUGGGAAUACACAUGGAAGAGAAACACACGGUACAAUCUCACAUCUUCCUCUGGAGCUUUACUUUGAUGUCCCUGUCAAAGGACAAUCUUGAUGCAAAA